AUGGGAGAUUUCAACUCAGUACUGAAUAGUCAGGAUAGACAACAUGACACUAUAAUACAAGAUAUGAAAACAAAGGAUUUCAGGAAGUUCAUAAGUGAUAUUGGCAUGAAUGAGUUACCUAUCGUGGGAAGGGAUUACACAUGGACAAAUAAUCAUACCUAUAGCAGGAUAGACAGAGGAUUGGUAAACAUAAACUGGAUGAUGACAAUUCCCAGCCUAUGUAUACAAAUCCUAGAACCAUCUUUCUCUGAUCAUUCCCUACUUAAGCUGAUGAUCUCACAAAUGCAAAGGAAGAAAGUCAGUCUAUUCAAGUUUUUUAACUGCAUAGCUGAUCACCCUCAAUUUAUAAAAGGAAUAGAACAAGUAUGGAACACAACUGGAGAUGUUGGGAAGCUACAGGGAGUAUGGAACAAACUAAAGAGAGUCAAACAAGUUAUUAAGGGGCUCAACACACAGCACUAUAAAGGGGUUGAGGACAGAAUCAAAGAAACCAGAAGGGAAUUACAGGAAGUGCAGGAGAAAAUGGGUUGUAGAAUGAUGAAUACAGAAUUAGUUGAGAAAGAAAAGGAACUGAAAAGUAAUCUAGAGAAGUGGAUAUUAAUAGAGGAAAGCAUUUAUAGGCAAAGAUCAAGGGUAGAGUGGCUAAAGUUGGGAGAUACUAACUCUGCAUAUUUCUUUGCUCAUAUGAAGAAUAGGAACACUUUAAAUGGAAUACAUGCUCUCACGACUGAUCUAGGGGUUCAAAUACAUAUGGAGGAGGAAAUAGAGGCAUAA